AUGUCUACCGAGUCCGUCUCGAGCUUCCCCGUGCGGCCCGCCACCCAGACGGCAGUCCAUCCGCUGGCACCUCUCAGCGGAGAUGAGAUCAAGGCUGCCUCAGCGAUUGUGCAGAAUGCCUGGCCGCAAGGCACGAACCUGCACUUCAAGGCCGUGACGUUGGAGGAGCCUCCGAAGGCCGAAGUCGUUCCUUACUUGGAGGCCGAGCACAGUGGAGCUUCGCGCCCCAACAUCCGCCGGAAGGCCUUCAUAAACUACUACAUUCGCAACACGAACAAGUACCACGAGGCCAUAGUGGACCUCAGCACUGGUACCGUUGACAGGAACGUCCGGCUGGGUCCCAACGUCCAUGCCAACGGCGAUGGUGAUGAGAUCGUGGCAAUCGAAAAGACAGCAUUGGAGGACCCGGGAGUGCAGGCUGAGAUAGCCAAACUACAGCUCCCGAAGGGCACAGUGGUGGUUAUCGACCCCUGGAUCUACGGAUCAGACGGUGUCAACGACGACGAUCGCAUGUACCAGUGCUUCAUGUACAUGCGAGACCCGCUCAAUUCCGACGAGGCCGAUUCCAACCACUAUGCGCUACCCCUCCCAAUCUCUCCCGUCAUCAGUACCGAGACCAUGACCGUCAUCCGGAUCGACAUUCUGCCAACCGGUGCAGAUGAAAAGAUCAAGCCUCUCGGUCCUCUCAAGAUCCACCCGCCCAAUGAGUACAUCCCAGAAGCCCAGCCCAAGCUCCGCACCGACCUGAAGCCGUUGAGAGUGGUGCAGCCGGAAGGCGCCUCAUUCACCGUCACUCAGGAGGGCACAUCGUCAGUGAUCGAAUGGCAGAAGUGGAGAUUCCGGGUGGGCUUCAACCAGCGCGAAGGAAUGGUCCUGUACGACGUUCGCUACGACAACCGGUCGCUGUUCUACCGCGUCUCCCUGUCAGAUAUGAACAUCCCAUACGCAGACCCGCGGCACCCCUUCCACAAGAAGUCGGCAUUCGACCUGGGCGAUGCAGGCGCAGGAAUCAUGGCGAACAACCUGCAGCUGGGCUGCGACUGCCUGGGCCACAUCUACUACCUCUCCUCGGUGCUAUCAGACGACAAAGGCGAUACGGUUGACAUGCCCAACGUCGUCUGCAUCCACGAGCAGGACGCCGGCAUCGGCUGGAAGCACACCAACUACCGCACGGGGCGGGCUGCCGUGGUGCGCAACCGCGAGCUGGUGCUGCAGAGCAUCAUCACCGUCUCCAACUACGAGUAUAUCCUCGCCUUCCAGUUCAACCAGGCCGGCGAGCUGGCCUACGAGGUGCGUGCCACGGGUAUCCUGUCGACGCAGCCCAUCGAUGAGGGCGUCGACGUGCCCUUCGGCACCGUCGUGCACCCGGGCGUGCUGGCGGUGCACCACCAGCACAUUUUCUCGCUGCGCAUCGACCCAGCGCUCGAGGGCCACGCCAACCGGCUAGUCUAUGACGAGGCGCACGCCAUGCCGCGCAGCGCCUUCAACCCACACGGCACGGGCUACACCGUGUCCGAGACGGCCCUUACCCACAGCGGCGGCUACGACCUGAACACGGACGCUAACCGCGUCUACAAGAUCGUCAACGCUGGCGUGCGCAACCCCAUCAACGGCAAGCCCGUCGCCUACAAGAUCAUGGCCCCGCCCUUCCAGAAGAUGCUGUCCGACGCCCAGUCCUUCAACCACGCCCGCGCCGAGUUCUCCGACCACAACAUCUACCUGACCCAGUACCGCGACGGCGAGCUGUACGCCGGUGGCCGCUACACAAACCAGUCGCGCGGCGGCACCGGCGUGCGCUCCUGGGCCGAUCGCCGCGACGCGGUUCUCGACGGCGAUAUCGUCGUCUUCGUCCAGUUCGGCAUCAACCACGUCCCCCGCAUCGAGGACUUCCCCGUCAUGCCAGUCGAGAUCUUGAAGGUUGCCCUCAAGCCCGUGAACUUCUUCGACAAGAACCCGGCCCUGGAUGUUCCGCCUAGUGAGCAGAGCUUCAACAAGAGCACAAGUGCGCAGGAGAGGCACCAUCAGAGCGCUGGCACGGCAACGGUAGGGCAAGGGGGGAAGUUGGAGGCUGCGGGGUCAUGCUGUGCUCCUGCACCGGGGAGCAAGUUGUGA